AUGGCGUCACAAAAUAUGGCAAACCCUGCUGUCAGCCCCGACAUCGAAGACGAACUCUUCCAGAAAGAAGUCGAGGCUGUCAAGACAUGGUGGUCCGACUCAAGAUGGCGACACACCAAGCGACCCUUUACCGCUGAGCAGAUCGUUUCUAAGCGCGGGUACCUCCCUGUCGAUUAUGCCAGCAAUGCUCAGGCUAAGAAGUUGUGGAAGAUUCUUGAGCACCGCUUUGAGAACCGAGAUGCUAGCUACACCUAUGGCUGCUUAGAACCCACAAUGGUCACCCAGAUGGCCAAGUACCUCGACACUGUCUAUGUUUCUGGCUGGCAAUCAUCGUCAACGGCUUCCGCCUCCGACGAGCCUGGUCCUGAUCUGGCUGACUACCCUUACACCACCGUUCCCAACAAGGUCGCCCAUCUCUUCAUGGCCCAGCUCUUCCACGACCGAAAGCAGCGACAGGAGCGUCUCAGCGUCCCCAAGGAACAGCGCGCAAACCUUCUCAACAUUGACUAUCUCCGCCCCAUUAUUGCCGACGCGGAUACUGGACAUGGUGGUCUCACCGCAGUCAUGAAGCUUACCAAGCUGUUCAUUGAAAAGGGUGCGGCAGGAAUCCACAUUGAGGACCAAGCCCCUGGAACAAAGAAGUGUGGUCAUAUGGCCGGAAAGGUCCUUGUCCCCAUUCAGGAACAUAUCAACCGCCUCGUUGCGAUUCGAGCGCAGGCUGACAUCAUGGGUUCCGACCUCCUCGCUAUUGCUCGCACUGAUGCUGAGGCUGCCACACUUAUUUCCACCAACAUCGACCCCCGCGACCAUGCUUUUAUCCUCGGCUCCACGAACCCUACGCUCAAGCCUCUCAACGAUCUUAUGAUCGCCGCUGAAGCUACAGGUAAGAGUGGCGCUGAGCUGCAGCGCAUUGAGGACGAGUGGCUUGCCAAGGCCAACCUGAGCCGCUUUGACGACGCUGUCGCUGCUGCCAUUGAUGCCGGUUCCUUUUCUGAUAAGGCUGGUCUCAAGAAAGACUAUAUCGCCAAGGCAAAGGGAAGGAGUAACCUUGAGGCCCGUGCUAUCGCCCGCCAGAUUCUCGGUCAGGAUAUCUUCUUCGACUGGGACGCCCCUCGAACACGCGAAGGCUACUUCCGCCUCAAAGGUGGAUGCGAUUGUGCAGUGAACCGCGCCAUCGCCUAUGCCCCUUACUGUGACGCCAUCUGGAUGGAGUCCAAGCUGCCCGAUUUCGCUCAAGCCAAAGAGUUUGCCGAAGGCGUCCAUGCUGUUUGGCCAGAGAAGAAGCUUGCUUACAACCUUUCUCCGUCCUUCAACUGGAAGACAGCUAUGCCUCGCGAUGAGCAGGAGACUUACAUUCGUCGCCUGGCCACGCUCGGUUACUGCUGGCAGUUCAUCACUCUUGCAGGUCUGCACACAACAGCUCUGAUCAGCGACCAGUUUGCAAAGGCCUACAGCACUGUCGGCAUGCGUGCCUACGGUGAGCUUGUCCAAGAGCCUGAGAUGGACCAAAAGGUCGACGUUGUCAAGCACCAAAAAUGGAGCGGUGCUACAUACGUCGACGAGUUGCAAAAGAUGGUCACAGGCGGUAUCAGUUCCACAGCUGCUAUGGGCGCUGGUGUUACUGAGGAUCAGUUCAAAUAA